AUGAGUGAGUCGGUCGAUUCGCCGGACGCCGACGACUACAUCGUCGGUCUGAACGUCUCGUCGGAUUACGAGUAUGAGGCGAUCAUCGCCUCGGUGUUGUGGCCGAGCACCGUCGAGAAAUGGUUCGUGUUCAUUCUCGGCGUCAUGAUGAUCGUCGGCGUGUUCGGCAAUCUACUCGUCGUCUCCGCAGUGGCAACGAAUCGCACUAUGAGGAACCCGCUGAACCUAGUGCUGAUGAAUCUCGCCGUCGCCGACCUUCUGAUUCUCGUCUUCUGCCUUCCGUUGACCGUCAUCAACGACGUCACCAAGACAUUCUGGUUUUCAACGGUCUUCUGCAAAUCGGUGCUCUUCAUUCAGAACACGUCCGUCUACGUGAGCAUCAUGAGUCUCGUGUUCAUCACAUUCGAACGAUGGCGUGCGAUCACGUAUCCGCUGAAGCCGGCGCUCCUCAAAACGCGUCGAGCGAUUCCGGCGUUGUGGCUCGCCGCGAUGCUCUUCUCGUCGCCGGAGCCGUUCACACUCCAACUCCUGCCCGCCGUGUUCGCGCGGCCCAAUUUCACGACGACAUGGGGCACCCAAUGCAAAGAGACGUGGUCGCACACGUUCCAGCGCAACUAUCAACUGGCUCAGGCGCUCUUCUCCUACCUACUGCCGCUCAUUGUCAUCUCGCUGCUGUGCGUUCACAUGGUCUGGACGCUACGCAAAUCAUCCACCGCACUAUCGGUGACGAAUCGCCAGCCGAACAGUCGAAAGAAGGCCGUCCGAAUGUUGGGCGCCGUCGUCUUCAUGUUCGCGCUGUCGAGCCUUCCAGUCCAUUUGUACAACAUUGCGCUCUCCUACAAUUUGCUGCAAGCGAGCGCCACCGAGGAGAUCGACGUGAAUCUGAUAGCGAUUCGAAAGCUUCUCCCUCGCGUCUUCUCCUACUCGUCGUCGUGUCUCAAUCCGAUUCUCUACAGUUUUCUCAGCGGACGGUUUCGCGAGGAGUUCGGCCGCGUCGUGUGCUGUGUGGUGCGCAACGAGAAGCGCGGACGCGACGAGCUCCCGUGA